UGUUCUGUGCUUCAGGAUUCAGAACCUGAGAAGGAUCGGCCUGCGUAAGCAUAGCUGGGGCAGAAGUCCCCAUGGCCUUCCUGCUGGAGGCUAGCAUUCUGGAGGACAAUUGGGACUUGGUUUUUUCUGCAAUACAGUGGAUACAAUUUGUUAUGGCUACUCUGAGUGUUAUCGGUUCAAGUUCUCUUAUUGCCUAUGCUGUAUUCCAGAAUAUACAGAAAUCUCCGGAGAUAAGGCCACUCUUUUAUCUGAGCUUCUCUGACCUUCUCCUGGGGAUAUGCUGGCUCAUUGAGGCACUUCUUUAUGGAACUUCAGUAGCCAAUAAGGAUGUUGUCUGCUAUAACUUGCAAGCAGUUGGACAGAUAUUCUACAUUUCCUCAUUUCUUUACACCGUCAAUUACAUCUGGUAUCUGUACAAAGAGUUGAGGAUGAGACACAACCAGAAUGGAGAGAGCACAUUUCCACUGGUUAUAGAUUAUACUUGUCAUGUUGGUCAAAUAACCAUCAUUUUGUCAAGCCUGAUACCUCUUCUGUUAAUGAUACCUGUAUUCUGUCUGGGCAAUGUUAGUGAAUGUUUCCACAACUUCAGCCAGAGCCACAGGUGUAUUCUGAUGUUCUCACCACCAUCAGCCAUGGCUAAACUGCCUUCUGCCAACACAUCUGUCUGUAGCACACUUUAUUUUUAUGGGAUCACCAUUUUCCUGACCAGCUUUCUCCUCAGCCUCCUCACCAUUGUGGUCUUACUCAUCCAAGCCCAGACCCUUUAUAAAAAGUUUGUGAAAAAAACUGGCUUCCUGGGGAGUGAACAGUGGGCAGUGAUUCACAUUGUGGAGCAGCGAGUACGCUUCUACCCGUUGGCCUUCUUUUGCUGCUGGGGCCCAGCUGUCAUUCUGGUGAUCAUAAAGUUGACCAAGCUACAGAACAUGAAGCUUCACAUGGCCCUCUGUGUUCUCCAGGCUAUAACAGCAUCAUCCCAGGGUCUUCUCAACUGUGGAGUAUAUAGCUGGACACAAUACAAGUUCUACCAACUAAAGCAACAGGCUCGGCGUGAUGCAGACACCCAAACACCAUUAUUAUGCUCACAGAAGAGAUUCUAUAGCAGGGGCCUAGAUACGAUGGAGUCUGCCCUUGGUUUUGAUACCAGCCCUCCACCAUUCUUUGAAACUGUAAUACUGGAACAUCCAGGAACCAGAAUUAUUCCACAUUAAUGGAUUGAGAAUGUUGGGGAACAACAUCUCAGGUCUUUCCAACCAUGCCUUAAACUAUGGAAGUGAAAGAGGAUGUAGUGCUGUGGUUAGUAGCUUUUCUUGUUGAAUUGGGCAGGAUCUCUCUGUUAUUCUCAGAUUUACUAAAGUCUUUGUUCGGAGAGGUAAAGUCACUUUCCUUCUAAGAGAUAGACUUCUAUACCUCAGUGAAUACUAUAUUUGUUUAAAGCUCUUCUGGAUAAUUUCCAAGUUAUUACUUACAUGUGCCAUUUCCAGGCUCUCUACUCUGUGGUCGUGUGGGAAGUAGGAUGGCAUGCAGCAACUUGCUCAGAUUUUGCUAGUAUUGUUAUUUUCUCUGAAGUUGGACAAAGAAAGUCCUGGGUUUCUGUUUUUUGAAGAGUUUUUGAAACUCAGAAGAAGCGAGGACAGUAACUACCAAAAAACUGACAGUGGGAUCCUCAGGCACAGCCUCCUCUCUUAUUUGUUCAGUGCUGUUCUAAGUCUUGACAGUAGGAACCAUCUGCUCUAGGAAAUUAAGGCCAAUCUCAUGAAGUUACAAGGGAUAAUAUGAUCUAAGAGAAAUCAGGAUUAAAAGAAACUUUAGGUAUCAAAAACUCUCAACUCGCAUUUAUAAGCAGAAGUCCAAAGGUAGGUUUCAUAGUCCCUGGACAUAGAAUUAGAUUGAACCAUUUGAACUUAGCAUUUUUGUAGGUGCAAAUGACUUAAUAUCAUCAAUUUUGCAUGGUUUAACCUAAUGGUAGGUGCUCGAUGUAUGUUUAUAAAAUAAAUGAAUGAAUAAGUGAAUGAAUGGCUAGAAAGAACCUUUUGGGAAAGAAAAGAUUCCCAGAUUGCAGAGCCACAUUCACUAGCAAGAAUGUCUACCUGUUUCUUCUUCCCCCUCCCCUCUCCUUCAUCAUCUUUCUCCUCCUCCUCUUCUUCUAAAAGAUUUUAUUUAUUUAU